AUGUAUCGGGUGAGCGCCAGACUGGUGCAGGUGGUCGCGUUCUUGGCAAUAGUCAUGGGAAGCCACACCUCUAUCCUGCAUGUCCUGAAGGGUUGCACCCACCGGCACUUCUGCCUCAAUGGCAAAGAGCACGAACUCUUGGAGGAGUGGCAGAAGUGGAACACUGAGUUCCUGCCUAACCCCAGGGCAACCAGCAUCACCCACACCUCAGAUGACUGCAAAGCUAGCACCGAUGGACCCCUGAGAAGCAGAUCCAUCUCCCCCUGGAGUUAUGAGUUGGACAGGGACUUGAACCGGCUUCCCCAGGACCUCUAUCACGCCAAGUGCAGUUGCUCACAUUGCGUCAGCCUCGAGACAGGCUCCGAAAUGGACCCCUUGGGCAACUCCGAGCCGCUCUACCACAAUCAGACUGUCUUCUACCGGCGACGCUGCCCCGGAGUGCAGGGCACCCCGCACAACUACUGCCUGGAGCCGCAGCUUUACCCUGUCUCCCUGGCCUGUGUGUGCGUGCGUCCACGCAUGGCAGCUUAG